AUGACGUUCAAUAUUACCAUUGACCCUAGUCGACGCGGCUCGGACUCAUCCCUAUCUGACGAGGAAGACUCGUCAGGAGUUCAAGUUUCGCCGCCCUCUGAGUCCGGAAGCCAUGAAUAUCAUGACCCUUAUGAUGAGUGGGCUCACUUACCAUAUCCGGACGAACUGAAGCCAUCUGAUUCGGCGUCCCGGCCCAGAGCGUCCAUUCGCACGCGAAACCGCAAUCCGACCCAUGGCUCAUCAUCGGGCCCGAGCCGCCGUCACUCUGCAAGACGUCAUGUUAUGCCGGAACGGGAGUCAUUUGUCCGUCGAUCCCGCCGUCAGCCUUCCCCCGACUCCCCAGAGAGUAUGGAUUCCGCUGAGGAAUAUGCGACUCCGUAUGGUCGCACAUCCCACGAGAGAAGGCUCUGGCCGCCCAUGGCUCAAGGCUCAAACUACGCACAUAGCACAUCACCGGGGCCAUCCUAUAUGUAUCCGAACAGCGGCAUAUCACCCGGCGCUUUUCCGCAUUCUGGUCUUCAUCCGCCAUCAGAUCAACUUGUUAGAUUGAGUCACCAUCAGACGGGUCAUUCGGCAGCUUACAGCCAUCCUAUGUAUGGGUACGGCCCUCAAUAUCAACGUCCCCAUGGGCCCCCAAUGCCGGCAUUCUUCAUGCACGAGCAUCAUCCUGGCCACCAUAUGCCGCAAGUACACCCUUCUAGCCAAGGCAGAAAUGAUGGGCAUAGCCCACCACAGCAAUCAACACCACAUGCAGUUCCACCACAUGGCCCAUCACACUAUGGUGGAAACCCAUUAGGCCCUCACGAACUUAUUCCAUACGGCCCGGGAGGUUAUUUCCCAUUCAGAGAACCCUACGCCAUGGGGGAAUCAAGUCCAUCUCCAGUUCCUGCCGCUGCAGAAGUUGCUAAGGAUGAGGCAAUUGCAAGGCUAGAGAAGCUGAUCCUAGAAGAAAGGACGGAACGCGAAGCGAAAGAGGCGCGAGAGGCUGCGCUUCGAGCUGCAAUUGAAAAAGAAGCCGCCGAGCAAGCUGCCCGAGAAGAGCGUGCUGCGCAUGAAAAGAAAAUCGUCGAGGAAGCCGCCGCUGCCGCUCGAGCGGAGGCGGAACAGAAGGCUGCUGAAGAGGCCGCGAAAGCGAAAAAGGAAGCCGAAGAGGCCGCUGCGGCCGCUAGAGCGGAGGCGGAACAGAAGGCUGCUGAAGAGGCCGCAAAAUUGAAGAAGGAGGCCGAAGAAGCUGUUGCCGCCGCUACAGCCGCAGCAAACAAGGGCCCAGAAAAAAAGAAACCUAUCAAAUUCAAAGAUGCUGUCGGGAGGAAGUUCAGCUUUCCUUUUGAUUUGUGCUGCACAUGGCAGGGAAUGGAAGAACUUAUUCGACAGGCUUUCCUCCACAUUGAAGUAAUAGGGCCUCAUGUUGCAGAAGGUCAUUAUGAUCUAGUAGGGCCAAAUGGUGAUAUCAUUCUCCCACAAGUCUGGGAAACCGUCAUUGAACCGGACUGGACCAUUACCAUGCACAUGUGGCCCAUACCAGAGAAGCCGAAGAGUCCUGAUCCUGCAGAGGGGGGUACUGUCCCGGAAGGACAAGCAACUGCGGAAACCGCUCCAGGAUCUGCUGAUAGCGCAGUCAUCGUUGCCCCCGAUGAUUCGAAGAAAAAAUCCGAGCCGGCAGCAGGUGCAAAGAAACCACGUGCGAAGGGGCCCGACCCCGGCGCUUUUGCCAUGUGGAUGGUGGGUAGCAAUCGUUUGAGAUUGAACAAGGCUUUAAAAGCGGGAAAAAAGCCUAAAGCAUUCCAACAUCACGGUAGCUCUUGCCGUGUUAUGUGA